GUCUGUCUAGAGCGUGCAGUCACUCUCGGGCAUCUCAUCUGAUCUGACACCAUGAGGUUUUGGAAUGGACUCGUCUGUGCGGGCCUCGCGUCUGCGACGGCGCUGUCUAACAGGGACGCGGGCAAUCCCGACGACUGCCCUGGCUACAAGGCCUCCGACGUGAGGCACACGGGCAAUGGCCUCAAGGCCGAUCUGACGCUUGCCGGCAAGUCGUGCAACGUUUACGGUACCGACUUGAGGCACCUCACUCUCGAGGUGUCGUACGAGACAGACAACCGGCUCCACGUCAAGAUCCAGGACAAGGACAAUCAAGUCUACCAGGUCCCCGAAGCCGUCUUCAAGCGUCCCGGAGGCAAGAGCUCUGCCGCUUCCAACAAGCUCAAGUUUGACUACACAGAGUCGCCCUUCUCGUUCAAGGUCAGUCGCGCCGACUCCAAAGAAGUUCUCUUCGAUACUUCGGCGGCGUCUCUCGUCUUUGAGUCGCAGUACCUUCGUCUCCGGACCAAGCUGCCCAAGGACCCCUACCUGUAUGGCCUGGGCGAGCAUUCGGAUCCCCUGCGGCUCAAGACCAAAGACUACAUUCGCACAAUGUGGAACCAAGACAGCUACGGCGUGCCUACCGACUCCAACCUAUACGGCACCCACCCCUUCUAUCUCGAGCAGCGCAAGAGCGGCUCACACGGUGUCUUCUUGCUCAACUCGAACGGAAUGGAUAUCCUAAUCGACCAGACCACGGACGACAAGCAGUACCUUGAGUACAACACCCUGGGCGGUGUCCUUGACUUUUGGUUCGUUGCCGGACCCAGCCCUAUCGACGUGGUCAAGCAGUACGGCGAGAUUGCCGGCACCCCGGCGCUGCAGCCGUACUGGGGUCUGGGCUUCCACCAGUGCCGAUACGGCUACCAGGAUGCCUACAACGUCGCCGAGGUUGUGCAGAACUACAGCCUAGCCAAGAUUCCCCUCGAAACCAUGUGGACCGAUAUCGACUACAUGGACCGGCGCCGCGUUUUCUCUUUGGAUCCUGAUCGCUUCCCACUCAAGAAGAUGCGCGAGCUCGUCUCUCACCUGCACAAGAAUGACCAGCACUACAUCGUCAUGGUCGACCCGGCAGUGGCGUACCAGGACUACCCCCCGCUUCACGAGGGAGUCAAGGACAACAUAUUCCUUCGCCGCGACAAUGGAUCCCUCUGGCUGGGCGUCGUCUGGCCCGGCGUGACGGUGUUCCCUGACUGGUUCUCCAAGAACAUUCAAAAGUACUGGGACGGCCAGUUCCAAAGCUUCUUCAACAAAGACACUGGAGUCGACAUUGACGCCCUAUGGAUCGACAUGAAUGAGCCGAGCAAUUUUCCUUGCAACUUCCCGUGCGACAACCCAUAUGAGGCCGCCGUGGGCUUCCCUCCCAAACCGCCUCCGGUCCGUCAGCCGCCUCGGCCCCUGCCCGGAUGGCCCUGCGACUUCCAGCCUCCGGGCACUUGCAAGCGUUCCGAGGUCGAGGAGCGAGACGUGUCCACCACUCUCGAAGUUCGCGCCCCCCAGCCCGCGGUUCACGAUAGCCUUCCCCAGGCAGAGCGCCGCGCCACGGGUGACCAAAGGGGCCUUCCUGGACGUGACCUCCUGUACCCCAAGUACGCAAUCCACAACAAGGCCGCCUACCGCGAUGACUGGAACGCCGACAAGGGUGGCAUCUCCAACCACACCGUCAACACCAACCUGAUCCAUCAGAACGGCCUGGCCAUGUACGACACGCACAACAUGUACGGAUCCAUGAUGUCUGUCGCCUCGCGUGACGCCAUGCUCUCCCGCCGCCCUGGCCUCCGGCCCCUCAUCAUCACCCGGAGCACCUUCUCCGGCGCGGGCUCCAAGGUCGGCCACUGGCUGGGAGACAACUUGUCCACAUGGGACAUGUAUCGCAACUCGAUCCGAUCCAUGCUGGCCUUUACCGGGCUCUUCCAAUUCUCCAUGGUGGGCUCGGACGCGUGCGGCUUCGGCGGCGACACUACUGAGGAGCUCUGCGCGCGAUGGGCGGCGCUCGCGGCCUUCUCUACCUUUUACCGCAACCACAACGCCGAGGGCCAAAUCAGCCAGGAGUUUUACGUUUGGGACUCGGUGGCGAGCAGCGCCCGCAAGGCCAUCGACAUCCGCUACCGCCUCCUCGACUACAUCUACACGGCCAUGUACCGCGCCAACGAUGACGGCCGUCCCACGGUGCAGCCCAUCUUCUACAAGUACCCGGAGGACAAGGGCACCUGGGCGCUGGAGCUGCAGUACUUUUACGGCGACAGCGUGCUCGUCGCCCCCGUCACGGCCCAGGGCGCCACCAGCGUCAACGUCUACCUCCCCGACGACAUCUUCUACGACUGGUACUCGCACAAGCCCAUCCUCGGCGAGGCGGCGACGCACAAGUUCAUCGAGCAGGACACGACGACGAUCCCGCUCCUGAUUCGCUCCGGCGCCAUCAUCCCCGCGCGCGCCAACUCGACGUACACGACGACGGAACUGCGCAAGCAGGACUUUGAGCUGCUCGUCGCCCUCGACCACCGCGGCGAGGCAAAGGGCGAGCUGUACCUCGACGACGGCGUGUCCAUUGACCAGAAGGGCCGGUACUCGCUCGUCAGCUUCUCCUACGACAAGGGCACGGUCACGUUUGGCGGCAAAUUUGGCUAUGACGGCCCUGCCACCGUCUCUCGCAUCACCGUCUUGGGAGGCGGGUGCAAGCCGCGCCCCGGCAAGCGCGAGCACACCACGGGCGGGGACAAGAAGUACAGCAAGACGUAUAAGGUCCACGUCAAGCUUAACAGGCCGGGCAGGGUCAAGCUUGAUGGCAUGUGAGGCACUACAUGUAGCAGGCGCAGUAUGCUCGUCAGCGGGAUCAUACACGAUGGCAACCUAGUUGGUACUGGUAGUGGUGGUGGUGAUGGUGGUGGUGAGCGCCAGUAAUGCAAAUGUGGCAAUGAAUGAAGAUGAUGCGGG